AUGGACACACAGAAGGACAAGCUGCUCGCGAAGGCCGAGAGGCUGAACGUCUACCGCCAUGGGCCGGUGGCGUACCUCAAGAAGUCCAUCACGGCGCUGCUCUUUGAGAACUGGGUCAACGUGCUCAUGAUCUGCUUCCCGCUGGCGAUCCACAUGGAGGAGAACCAUGGCGACCCAUCCAACAUCUUCUUCUGCUCGCUGCUCGCCAUCGCGCCCUUCGCCGAGCGCCUCUCCUUCGUCACCGAGCAGCUGGCUCUCCACACGAGCGAG